AUGACGAGGCCUUCGAUCGUCCGUGCUGACACGAUCGACUUGCAAGAUCACGACGCCCCGUCAGCCAAGUCCCAUCGCCAGCACCCCAAUGCCGGGGCGCACCAGGCCGAAACCCUCCGCGAAGUCGCCCACGAAGCCGCCGAAGCGCAAGCUCGCAGCCCUCGUCUCUCUUGGAAUGACGGCGCGGACAACCCAGACGAACAGCAGCCGCGGGAGGAUCUAGCAAGUGGCGUGAGCGCGAGGAUGGCUGGUGCAACAACGGCCAAGGUGGAUGUCGAAGACGAGAAGGGUCCGGACGCGGCCGCGACCCACGGCGAGAUGGCAGACUCGAGCGAUGAGGGCGACGAGUUGGACGAUGAUGACAUGAUGGACCGCAUAUCGAGCUCCCCCUCGAUUGAAGAUGGUGCGUACAGACAUCUGCCAGGAUCGAUACCCUGCCCAAGUACCCUGCCUGCGAAACUGCGCACGUGUGCGUUUACGGACUCUCGCGACACGGCCAUGCAACAGGAAUCUAGGAGCCUUCGUUGCGCGAAGGAUAUCGAUUUCGAAUUCGUCUACGCGUUGCAUACCUUCGUGGCAACAGUCGAAGGUCAAGCCAACGCCACAAAGGGUGAUACCAUGGUUCUUCUGGACGACAGCAACAGCUAUUGGUGGCUAGUCCGCGUGGUCAAGGACAGCAGUAUCGGUUACUUGCCUGCAGAGCAUAUCGAAACCCCUACCGAGAGAUUAGCACGACUCAACAAGCAUCGCAACGUUGAUCUUUCUGCCGCAAUGCUGGGCGACAACGCAGCGAAGCAAAAAAGUUCCUUCAAGGCGAUCCGGAAAAGAUGGAAGUCUGUCACUUUCGCUGAGCCCACAUAUGUCGACUACACCAACGAUUUUGACAACUCCACGGACGAGGAGGACAUUGAAGAGCUCUUUGGUCCUGAUGCGGCGAAGCAGGACGCGAGCCAAAGCCAGACAUCUGCCAGCACCGAAGACGAGGCUGCUGCUCAGGAAUCGGCCAGGGUCGAGCCGCUGAAGACGCGCAAGGACCAGGAGACCGAUAAGGAAGAGGCAACCGUUGAAGACGAUGAAGAGCCCAGAGCCAGCGAAGAAAUCCUUGAUGGGCGGGCAGAGCCGAGGCGGACGCAAAAUGGGACCGUGCGCGACUCCUUUUUCAAGGAUGACAGUGUCGAGACCAAGAAGAUCAGCCUCACGCCGAAUCUGCUCCGUGACGAUAACGCCCCGCGUCCCUCCACCGAUUCUGCUGCGUCCAAGGACCUCAAGGCAAGGGGCAGCCUCGACAAGUUGGAGAAGGAAUUGGUGGCCGAUAAGGACAGGAAGAAGACCAAGGAUAAGAAACCGAGCGCGAUUCGAAGCUUCUUCUCUAGGAAGGACAAAAAGCGGACAUCAGAGGACGACGAUGGCGAGUCUUUCGGGAAGAGAUCCAUGGACAUCAUCGAGACACGCGAAAGCGAGGAUCCGGCGGGUGAUGAAGAACAGCCGACCGACAAGACGCUCUCGCGCAGUCCAAGCAAACUCCAGAAGCAGCAACCACGGAUAGAGCCUUCACCUGCACAUAGGAACUCGAACGCAGCCUCCAAGAAACCCCCGCAGACAGAUAUUUCGCAGCAUUUCACGGAGACGCGCACCAACGAUGUGUCCAAUGUGCCACCGGCCUCCAUGCGAAUCGUCGAUCCGGAAACACAAGAAACCAUGGAGGUACCAUCCAACCAGCAGCGCUUCUCUGACCGCGAGGAAGGCAGCAAUCUCGCCAAGUCACUGUUGCCAAGAGGGGGUGGUACCUCAUCGAUGGAUACAAAGCCGCAACAAGCCUCUGAAGCGAAAGCACGUAUGGAGCUCGAUGAUUCAGACAGCUCUGACGAGGAGCCCACAAGGGCCGCGGGGCCAUCUGACAAGCAGGAGGAGCAGCAGUUGCGCCCUCAGCUACCUGGCGCGUUCCCAGACAGCUUCCAGACGACCAGCACAGCCAUGAGCGAUCAGACCGUAGUGCCAAGCCAAGAGCAGGAUCGUACCAGACUUUCAGAAUCCCCAGUGGAGGUAUCUCUACCUUCUGCAGGGCAACCGCCAGAGCUCACUGCCGAUUCGCCAUCUCCGGGCGGUUCAAUGUCCCCUGAGCCAGGUCCGAUGGCACCAACCGCCCAAGAUGCGACCGGCGCACCCUCCCCCCAGCAACAAUGGGAUGACGAGAAGCUCCGCGCCUUCUUUGAUGAGGGCGAUCACGUCAGAGACCUGCUCGCCGUGGUCUACGAUACAUCUGGCGUAGAGCCCACUGGCGAUCAUCCUAUCGUGAGUGGGUUGUUCAGGGAACAGAAUGCCAAACUGGCUGAAAUUACGACACAACUUGAUAACAUGCUUGGCGACUGGCUCGCCCGUAAGCAACGAUCCAGGGGCUCAUUAUAA